CUGUGGGCGCCCUUUGUUCAUCUUGACUGGAAAGAUCUGCUGGCAGCUAUCCGACAACGACCCGUGCUUUUUUAGAGUGACUACGAGGAUCGAGGCGGCAACACGCUGACCCCGACGCGCGAUGCGACCUGAUACCCCGCGGGAUCCCCUUGCUGGGCCAGACAGCGGCCCCGAGUCCCCAUAUCCCAUCCGGCUCUCUGGACCCGUCAUAAAAGGCUUUGGAAGGGGAAGUAAGGAGCUCGGCAUCCCGACGGCCAAUAUCCCAGCAGACGGACUGUCCGAACACCCCGACCUCGAAUCAGGAGUAUACUACGGCGUUGCGGCUUUAGAGCCCUCCAGAUUCCAACCAACCGACGCCGAGAUCCAAAAAGACCAACCCAGCAAUGAAACCACAAUCCUUCCGUGCGUGCUAAGCAUCGGAUACAACCCCUUUUACAAGAACACCGUUCGCUCCGUGGAAAUCCACAUCCUACCACAUCUCUCCCUUCAAUCAUCCCCUUCCGCCUCGCCUCUCUCGUCCACUCCUACUACUCCAGACCCCACCUCCUCUCCAGGUGACAACAGCGCCAGCAAACCUCCGCACACACGCCAUCACUUCCACCACUUCCCUGAUUUCUACGGCACGCCUCUUAACCUGCUCAUUCUGGGAUAUAUCCGGCCCGAGUACGACUAUGUCAGUCUAGAGGCGUUGGUGGAAGAUAUCCGGGUCGACUGCGAGGUCGCGAAGAGAAGUCUGGCGAGGAGGAAGUAUAUUUGUUUUAUACAGGAAGGCGGAGACGUGGAUGAUGAAGGGACCAAGGAAGCGAGGAAGUGGCUGAGGACGUUUUGAGCUGUGACUUAUAACGCUGCUUCUUCUUCUUUCUUUCUUUCUUCUUUUAAAGAGUGCUCUCUAAAGAGAACAGGUUGAAUAUAUAUACGAUAGAUAUAGAAUUUGUCAUCGCACAGAAUUUGAAAACAAUGGUCUUCUCUGAUUCUUAUUUA